AUGUAUAAGUCCAUUCUACGAGCUGCGCCAAGAUGCGGAUUGCCACAGUCCAAAUCUGUCAUUAAUACCACUUCCGCACGACGAUUUCUAGGCACAGCAUCACGCUCACAAAAGUCCCGGAGUUGGAAAGCCGGUGCUGCGAGGUGGGCAUUGGCAGGCGCAGGAGUAUAUUGGUAUAAUACGAGCAAUGUUUUCGCCGAGGAACCCGAAGCAAUUCAAAAACUAGAAGAAUCCAUACACAGAGUUCGAGAAUCAGAAUUACCCACGAUCGAUGCAGUAGUUGAAGAAAAACGAAAGCGACAAGCACAAGCCGCAGCAGAACAAGAGAAUAGAGAACACGAAUCCGCCGCGAAAGCAGUUGUCGCAGAAGAUGAAAAUGGGGAGGAAGGGGAGAUGGAAGGAUUAGAGGAAGAAGCUGGUCAACAAGGUGCAUUUAACCCGGAAACCGGCGAAAUCAAUUGGGGUUGCCCUUGUCUAGGAGGUAUGGCAGAUGGACCUUGUGGACCAGAGUUUAGAGCUGCUUUCAGUUGUUUUGUUCACUCAAAGGAGGAGCCAAAGGGGGUUGAAUGUAUAGAAAAGUUCAAGGGAAUGCAAGACUGCUUCCGGGAACAUCCAGAGAUGUAUGCAUCGGAAUUGGAGGAUGAUGAAGCCGAGGUAGAGGAGGAACUCCGAGCUAGAGAGGCGGCAAAAGGAUCUGAUGAAGGAUCUGAUGAACCGACAAACCCAUCGACGCAAAAAGCUCCGGUUUCAAAAGAGACAGAAGAGAAACCUUCGCAAUCAUUAACGCCGACGACACAAAAAGCUACCGAGCCAAAAUCGAAGGCAACGCAAGAGAGAUAUCGGGAUGGUGAAAGCAGUACCACACCUCAAUCAACACAAAAUUCAGGGGAUGAGGGAGGAGAGUUAGUACCAAGGGCUGAUCAUAAUGCUACGUCAAAGAAAUAA